AUGUUCUCUCGUGGUAUCCGUGCCGCCGCUCCGGCGACAAGGCUCUUGAGCCAGCCUCUCCGCUCCGCCGCUCCCGGUGUUGCCCGCUUGGCACCAAUUGGCGCCCGUUUCGCCUCCGGCAAGGUCUCUGGCCCCGUUAUCGGUAUCGAUUUGGGAACUACCAACUCAUGCGUCUCCGUCAUGGAGGGCCAGCAGGCCCGUGUCAUUGAAAACUCGGAAGGUGGCCGAACAACUCCCUCCGUCGUUGCUUUCACCAAGGAUGGCGAGCGUCUGGUUGGUCUCCCUGCCAAGCGACAGGCCGUCGUCAACCCCGAGGCUACCCUUUUCGCAACCAAGCGUCUUAUUGGCCGAAAGUUCCAGGACAAGGAGGUUCAGAAGGACUUGAACAAUGUUCCCUUCAAGAUUGUUCCCCACUCCAACGGUGACGCCUGGCUUGAGGUCCGAGGUGAGAAAUACUCUCCCUCGCAGAUCGGUGCUUUCGUUGUCGGCAAGAUGAAGGAGACCGCCUCCGGCUACCUCGGCAAGCCCGUCAAGCACGCCGUUAUCACUGUUCCUGCUUACUUCAACGACUCGCAGCGUCAGGCUACCAAGGACGCCGGUGCCAUCGCUGGUCUUGACGUUCUCCGUGUCAUCAACGAGCCCACCGCCGCUGCCCUUGCUUACGGUCUCGACCGCGACGACUCGUCCGUUAUUGCCGUCUUCGACUUGGGAGGAGGUACUUUCGAUAUCUCGAUUCUCGAGAUGCAGAAGGGUGUCUUCGAGGUCAAGUCGACCAACGGCGACACUCACCUUGGUGGUGAGGACUUUGACAUUGUCCUUGUCGAGCACCUCGUUAACGAGUUCAAGAAGGAGUCUGGUCUCGAUCUGUCCAAGGACCGCAUGGCCAUUCAGCGUAUCCGUGAGGCUGCCGAGAAGGCCAAGAUCGAGCUUUCCAGUGCUUCUUCCACCGACAUCAGCUUGCCUUACAUCACUGCCGAUGCUUCCGGUCCCAAGCAUAUCAACACCAAGAUGAGCCGUGCUCAGCUCGAGGGUCUCGUUGGCAAGCUCGUCGACCGCACCGUCGAGCCAUGCAAGAAGGCUCUUGCCGACGCUGGCUGUAAGCCCUCGGACAUUCAGGAGGUCAUCAUGGUCGGUGGUAUGAGCCGUAUGCCCAAGGUUCUCGAGACUGUCAAGAACAUCUUCAAGCGUGACCCAAGCAAGGGCGUCAACCCCGACGAGGCCGUCGCUAUCGGUGCUUCCAUUCAGGGUGGUGUUCUUUCCGGUCAGGUUACCGAUGUUCUUCUCCUCGAUGUUACUCCUCUUUCCCUCGGUAUUCAGACUCUCGGCGGUGUCUUCACCCGUCUCAUCAACCGCAACACCACCAUCCCCACCAAGAAGUCGCAGGUCUUCUCCACCGCCGCUGAUGGCCAGACUGCUGUCGACAUCCAGGUCUACCAGGGUGAGCGUGAGCUCGUCCGUGACAACAAGUUGCUCGGUAACUUCCAGCUCACCGGUAUCCCUCCCGCACCCAAGGGUGUCCCUCAGAUCGAGGUCACCUUCGACAUCGACGCCGACGGUAUCAUGCACGUUUCUGCCCUCGACAAGGCAACCAACAAGGACCAGUCCAUGACCAUCUCUGCUGGUUCCGGUCUUAGCGACAACGAGAUCGAGAAGAUGGUUGCCGAUGCCGAGCAGUACGCCGAGGCUGACAAGGCCCGCAAGGCUGUCAUUGAGGAGGCUAACCGUGCCCACUCGGUCUGCUCUGAGACCACCAAGGCUAUGCAGGAGUUUAGCGAGCAGCUUCCAGCCGAGGAGAAGGAGAAGCUCAACGUUCUCAUCAAGGAGACCGAGGAGCUCGCCUCCAAGGGAUUGAACGGUGACGCUGAGGUCGAGGCCCAAACCAUCCGUGAAAAGAUCGACGCUACCCAGCAGGCUUCGCUCCAGCUCUUCAAGCUCGUUUACGAGAAGAAGGGUCAGUCCGGUUCCUCUGAGAACGCCGGCGAGUCCAAGCCUGAGGGUGAGGGUGAGAAGAAGCAGUAA